AUGGCCACGGAGACGAAAGAUAGCGACGGCGUCGAUCUGCUUCCGGUCGACGUCAAUGCUCUCAUGGAGGGCUUGGACCGACAAGCCCGCGCGCGCCUCCAGAACCGAGCCAAACAAGCUCGGUUUCGCGCCCGCCGCCGCGCCGAACGCAUUGCGCUGCGCGCGCAGAAAGACGCCCUUCAGCCGCUGCCAUGGCACGAUGUGGCCAACGCGUUGGCAGCAUCUGCGACGGACGCGGCCCACGAGAACGAGCGCCUCAAGCAGCGCCGCGCUGCCAACCUCGCGCUCGUGCAAGCCAUGACCAAAUGGAUCGCGACCCUGCUUCCGCGGUCGCCGCGGCACACGGCGGCGUAUACAAGUGUCUUACGCGAAGGCGCGGCGCGGCAAGCCAGCUUUGACUGGCUCACAAAGCGCCUGUACAUCGACACGGACCGCGCGUUGUCGGCUCCGGCCUUCCCAACGUCAAGUGGCUUCUUGAAUGCCUUUUCAAUCUACGACGAGAACGAAGUCGAGGAUGAUGACGGGUGCGUCCAUGCGUGCUGGAGCUUCCAGCGCUUCUACGACCGUUCGCUGCACGACGUCGCGACGAAGCUGCCGUUUCCGCUCGUGGCCGUGUGUCCGCAGCGGCGGUCCGUCUCGUUUCUCGACCAAGAGAUCUUGGAUUCGAUUGCGCCCGGAAGCAUGUGCUACCGCCGCGCCGUGCUCAACGACGGCGAAACCAUCAACCUCGUCGGGCGCAUCUUUCGCGAAGCAUCCCGCGUCGUGUUCGUCUUGUGUAACAUCAUUGAUGACCCGACGCUUCUGCGCGACGAGUACUACCGCCACCGCCUCUUCUGGUAUGUGGCCGAGGCCAUAUCGCCGCACGAAACGCGUGUUCGCGCCCGGUGGUUCAACUCCCAGUAUUUCACCAAAGACAGACACCCCGUGGGCUUUGCCAACGAGAUGGCGGAUGCGAUCGACCCAAGCGCCAUCGCGGCCAACCAAGGUCAUCGCCCAGCGACGCGAGCGGAGUACAAGGCGUGGCUAGCAUCGACGCAUGCAAUGCCAGAUGCGUACUGGCGCAAUCUCUCUCAGCUCGAGGCGCCGCGGCCCGAUGCACAACAGUUUGUCGACUGGCGCCAAGGCUAGGAUGUCGAGUCUGCCAACAAGUUCAAAUGGAGUUGAUUGUGCUGGCCGCUUCGAGUAGCAUACCGUUCCAAGCAGCACAUAGAUAUACAGCGCAG